GAAGGUAUGAUGCGCGCCGAAGAAUUCGCUGAGGAGUACUACGACGUCGACGACAUAGUCGCCGUUUAUUCCGGUCGCACCCGGUUUGUGUUCGAGGACGGUGGUCAAGGGAGAAAUAGAAGAGUAGCGUGCACUAGCAUGUCAGAAACGUUUUCUGUUAUUAUGCCGAAACCAUUCAACGAUCAUAUGCAGCAAAUUCUUCGCGCAGGUGCUGGCGAAGUUGAUUUGGAACGUUUACAUCCACAUUAUUAUCGCUUUGGCAAACAUUUGGCCUUAUUUUUUGGAGGAAGAAUUGGGCUAAAUUUAGCUAAGGCGCUGUUAGAUGCAUUCGUUCAGCGAAUUGGAAAUCAUUUAACCAAAGCAGUGAACAGUGAUGAAUUAGGUGGAAAAAUGGACCCAUAUGAGAAAAAAAUUUUUGAUGUGGGCAAGCAGACGAAAGGGCUAAUGAAUGCGUGGACACAGAGUUCAUCAAAAAGGAAAAGGCCACAUGGUCCAGAUUUAUGA